AUGCGUUUUGUGCCCCUGGGUGCCCGGUCUAUAAAUAGGAAGAAAUGUUCGACAACAACCGAUUUGCCCGGUUCAUCCAAUGUCACUCGAACUCGUACUUCUUCAACCGAGCGAUCUCCUUCACCCUCUCUUCGCACAGGAAAGACUCCACGAAUUCGACAAAGAGAAGGCACACAUGAGGGAGCAGUAUCUACCAACCAGGGCGUCAGCGGCGAGCCAAGUUUUCGACGAAACGGUGUUCGGAGCACCUCUGCAUGCAAUCCUGUACAGGAUAAAUUCUCUGGAAUGAGCAUCAAUCCGGAAAAGUUUACCCUUCAAGAACCUCAUCAUUCCUCUCCGAAAGCCUCUUCCUUUACUCGAGAAACAAAUCGAAAUUCCAGCAAUGUGCCCGGAAAUUCUAGAUCGAAAAACUUAAUCGGGGACAUGUCAACUGCCUUUGCUGGUCCUCAUCAUACCCAAUUGGAAAGUAGCUCGGCUCCAAACCCAGGUGUGGCCAACCAGCUCCAUGCGUUGAUCAAUUCUCAAAGCUCGCAAGAGGCAGAACCGUUGAUGUGCGACUUCCUUAUUUUAGAUCCUGCCGCCCCGGCAACGAAUAUCUGUCAUGAGAAACCUUUCCACUUUGAUUGGAAGUUUGGGGCACUCUUGGUGGUAUCCUCGGUACAUUUCUUCUGGUUCAUCCGGGCAUGGUGGGAUGAAUAUGCUCAUGCAUAUUAA